AUGGAUGCCGCAGGCCCGGCGUCAGCCUUGAGCUUUGCUCAGGAAGUCGCGCGGCGCAUGGUUGGCGCCACACUGGCAGCCAUAGGACCAGGUGUUGCCGUAGGCCGAGCUUCGCACGUCUCUUACGAGGAGGUUGCUCGACAGGACAAACAGCGAUGGGUGUCCUGCGAUAAUGAGGGCUACACAACGCUGAACCUUGCUGGCAAAUCUUGCCCUGGACAACAAGUGGACAUCAAGCCCGAUCUGCACUGGUUGUUGAUAACGAAGCCUGAUGGAGGCUACGAGCUCCAGCCAGUUAGUGCAUGGUUUACCUUCGAACGCCCGCUGGCGACGGAAGAUGAUCUCGACGAUGAAGACUUGGACAAGGAGGCGGAAGUGGAUACUGGCAGUAAGAAGCGGAAGUCGGAGCACCUGGGUGAGGACGGUAUGAAAAGAGAUGGCUCCAUGCGGCGGAACAUCGACAACCGCUGGCAAGGGAUGCUGGAAAGAGCUGUCCAGACCGGGCGCUGGCUUGAUCCUGCAGGAGGAAGUUCGCGGAUCCGUGAGCAGAUUCUCAGCGACUUCCACCACACUGCGGAUGGACUCGGGCCCCAGGUUCUGAGCAUCCUGAAGUCGGAGUACAAAGACCUCAGCGUGUUGCGCUGCCUGAGAGAGCUUGAAGGGCUGGAGCAGAUGUCGUUUCAGCAGAAGCAGCAAGUGCGGACGGACCUGCUGCAACAUCCUGGACAGUUGCAGCAGAUGAACUGGGACACGGAUGGCAGCAUCCUUAAAUCAGUGGCGGAGCACCUGCACGAGAAGCGUGUGGAGAACCGCAGGUUGAAGGCAAAAAAUAAGCGGGCGAAGGCCAAGAAUCAUGGGGAGGAUGUAGAUGUGCCUGAGACUGCCAAUACCCUGAAGCAGCUCAAGUCUGAAACAGGCGAAGCCUUAUGGGAUUUUGAAGCUGCCGACGAGUUCUCCGACGAUCAGGAGGAGGACACGGAGGAGAAGCAUCGCGAGCUUGUUGUGCCAGACGGCAAUCAGGUCUUGGCUCCCGAGGAGGGAGCCGAAACCGACAGUGAUGACGAGGUCCACAUGUUGAGCAAGCACGGGCAUGACCUGCAGGAACUGCUGGACCGGCAGAAGGAUCCGGAGGACCAGGAUGAGGACUCACAGGAUGACCCCUCGGCAAGUGCCGCGCUUCGACAAAAAUCGCAGCUCCACACCAAAGCGAGCAGUGCGAAGGCAAGGCCGAAGAGAAAGGCUUGA